CGCGCUUCUCGAGAUGUCGGACAGCGCCGCGCGCGUCACCGCCGCGAGACGCGCGAAGGAACGCGGGAGCGAUUUGUACAAAUCUGGCAAGUGGCGUGACGCCGCGGACGCGUUCGGGGAGGCGAUUAAAAUCGCCCCGCGAGAUGACGAAGACGUCGCCGUCUACCAUUCCAAUCGCGCGGCGGCGCUCCUGCAACUCGGCGACGCGAAAGCCGCGCGCUCGGACGCGGAGAAAUGCGUGCGUCUUCGCCCGCACUGGGCUCGCGGGUGGUCGCGCGUGGCCGCGGCGUGCGAAAUGCUGCAAGAUGACGCCGGCGCCGAGCGGGCGUUGGAAAAGUUGAUUUCGCUCGACGCCGAUAACGCGGACGCGAGGCGGAACCUGAACGCGGUGCGGGCGAGAAUGCGCGAGCGCGGUGGCGCGUCUCGGGGAUGGCGCAUGCCGUCGAUGCCGUCGAUGCCGUCGAUGCCGUCGAUGCCAGACGUGUCGGCGACGGCGGCGGCGGGCGCGGCGUUUUGUCGCAUGCGCUACGCGCGCGCGACGCCGAACGAGCAGUUGGCGGUGAAGUGCGCGCUCGGCGUUUUAGCGUACUUUGUGUUCAAGCGCGUGGCGAGCGUUUUCGGAUUCGGUGGUUACGGCUACGGUUCGUACGGUGGUGGUUACGAUCCGUACGACGGCGGUGGUUUUUCGUUGUAUACGCUCUUGGGCGUGGUGGCGCUGUACUACGCUCACAAGAGCGGCGCGAGUUGGUGGAACUUGCUUUCGAUCGCAAACAUGUUUGGCUUGACCGGAGGAGGUCGGCGUAGAGGCUACGGCGGCUACGGCGGCUACGGCGGCUACGGCGGCUACGGCCGACCCGGGUUCGGCGGACCGGGGAUGUUCUUUCGAUGAACGCGUACGAUUACAUCGGCGCGUGGAAAACGCCUAGCCUAGCCUAGCCUAAAUCGCUAAAUCUACAUCUCCAACAGUCCCCGCAA